GGACACUUGCUGUGGGAGAGAGGAACCGGAGGACGAAGACAGAGUGGACGCCGCUCCGGACACACAAAACAGAUCACUUUCACUCGAGCCACAACAUCCAAAAAUGGCUUCAAAGUGUCCCAAGUGUGAGAAGACGGUGUAUUUCGCUGAAAAGGUGUCAUCGCUGGGGAAAGACUGGCACAAGUUGUGUCUCAAGUGCGACCGCUGCAACAAGCUUCUCAACGCCGGAGGCCACGCUGAGCACGAUGGAAGGCCCUACUGCCACAAACCGUGCUAUGCUGCCCUCUUUGGGCCAAAAGGUGUGAACAUUGGUGGAGCAGGCUCUUACGUGUAUGAUACUCCCGCCAACAACAACCCUUCUUCUGUGGAUUCAGCCCCAAAAGCUGACGAGAAGCGAGUGUACGCACCGAAGGCACCAUCAAAAGCUGGCAGCAUCACCACUUUUUCUGGAGAAGCCAACCUGUGUCCUCGAUGCAACAAGAAGGUGUAUUUUGCUGAGAAGGUGACAUCACUGGGCAAGGACUGGCAUCGACCUUGUCUGCGCUGUGAGAGGUGCAGCAAGACUCUGGCUGCUGGCAGCCACGCAGAGCACGACGGCCAGCCUUACUGCCACAAACCAUGCUACGCUGUUCUCUUUGGGCCCAAAGGCGUGAACACUGGUGGUGUGGGCAGCUACAUCUAUGACAAGGAGCCCAGUGCAGUGACCCAGCCUUGAACCUUUGUCCCCUCAGCCUCAUCCCUCUUCUCUACACAACACUGACCAUCAACCACAGUAUUAUUUGUAGCCUUUUUUUUUUUCUCUUCCCCACCUGUGCGUUCAUACCUGAGACGACCAGCCCCCUGCUCCAGAUUCUUUCCCCCUGUAUGCUGACCCACUUCCAGCAGCUCCAGGUCAGAUGAUACACUGAUCACAAAUGCUGCCUAGACAUGUGAUAUAUAUAUAUGUAUAUGUAUUUUGCUCCAGGAGAUCCCUCAGCAGAGCCACAUCCAGCAUUUGACGAUUGACUCACUAUCGGUUAAAUAAUCUCAACCAUUUUUGCCAUGUUUACACAUUUAUAAAUGUAUGUCAACACUUUAAAUGUCACUACAAUAAAACAUUAAAGUCUUAUAUUUCAAUUUUGCUCCACAACAGCAGACAGUGUGAGGAUGUUUUGACAUGAUGUAUGUUUAAAAAAAAAAAAAAAAAAAAUCAGAUGGAAAGUGAAUCUCAGGUGUGGAAAGGUCCAUUGUGCUGACAACCAGAGGAAUUUCUCCUCGGAGGCUGCUGCACGCACAGGUGGUGCUCAGGACGAGCCCGUUGCCAAUAAAAAAAAAAAAUAAAUCUGUAUUUUACAAAUGCCAUAUUUAUAGUUUGGCUGCCUGACAACAUUCCUUAUGUGAAAAAGAGAAAAGAAGUCCGAGCAUAUUGUAUAAAAAGGUGGGAAAGCGAAUAUCUGAGGCGACUGUUACAUGAUUUUCAACAAAUCCGUGAGGCUGUACUGAGACUUUGUACUUUUGAGCGUAUGCUAAUAACCAGUUUUAUGGCAGAAUCUGGAUUAUAAAAUAUGUUGCGUUAAUAAAUAACAUAAACAUUUUGUCCCAGCUGUUUUAUAUAACACUGUUUUUAAAGCGAGGCAGAAUGUGGGUGAAGUUUUGGGAAGACUGGGCUGUGAUUUGCCAGGGGGAGAAACGUGUAUUUAUUGCUUUAAUUCAAGUCCUUUAAAUUUCCAUUAGCCAUUGUACUACUACCCUUUAUGGGACUGAUCAUGGAGGAGGUAAAAUGAGGCGACGUAAGCUGUAUAAUUCUCUGUGAUCAAGAUUUUUUAUUGUUAUUUUCAGAUAAAUAACCCUGCUGUUAUUUUCCAACUGAUGACACGCUGUUUGAAGUAUUAUAUAUUUUUUUGCCAUUAGCAGAAACAGUAGCUUAGCUGGUAGAAACAGAGACAGGACACUGCAGACAAGUCAUUCAUUUAAGAAUGUGCAUUCUAGUAUCAUUGUAUGACUGUUACUGUGUUUGUUUAUUACCUGUUGUGCGUCAUAGGGCUUUGUAGACACCGCAGGGCUCACUGUUUGUAGAACUGAAACGCUGCACUUCAGCCCUGCUGCAUUCGUCUUUUUAAUCCCUCGAAUAAAUAUUUCAGAAACUCUU